UGGUUCUCUCAGUUCUGCCUUCUCGCCCCAGCUUAUCGCUGCUCAAAGGAGACGUCUCGUCGGCUACACUUCGCAAGACAGGCUCCAGAGUUAAAUUCAGGGAGCCGUAGACUUUACCGGGAGGAAACAGAACGAAGCUCGUCUAAACUAUUUAUUUAUUGAUACCAGUGCGUGCUUCUAAAGCGCACAUUUCGGAUAGAAAACAUUGUCACAUUUAAAACUGUAAUUUUACCACAUUCUGUUUAGUGUGUGGUUGGUUUUGAGUAUCUGUAUGUAACUUAAAAAGAAACCGAAUAUUACUGACAGGCAUCGCAAAAACUGCUGGACACCUGUGCUUGAAACGCCUCGAGCCACAGGUGUGAUUUGAGGAGUGCAGGGCCUUGUAAACCGGUGCCAGUCUAGCCCUAAACCAAGUCAGGUACUUCUAGAGUGGGCGAGACAAAAGAAAAAGAGAAACAACCAAGAGAUAUAAAGCCUAAAAACCAACAAGAGAGAUAGAGAGGGGUUGAAAGAGGCGGAGAGUGAGAGAGAGACACCCCCCCAGAGAGUAGCAGGAAGACCAGUCCCACGGCGUGAGACUAGGAGAGAGAGAGAGAGAGUGAGGGAGCAGUUUAAAGCCGGUGCAGGCAUGAUGUCCUACAUUAAGCAACCACAUUACGCCGUGAACGGGUUAACGCUCUCCGGCCCGGGUAUGGACCUUCUACACUCCGCCGUUGGAUAUCCAAACACCCCGCGGAAGCAGCGUCGGGAGCGCACCACAUUCACUCGAGCGCAGCUGGACAUUCUCGAGGCUCUGUUUGCCAAAACGCGCUACCCGGAUAUAUUCAUGCGCGAGGAGGUGGCCCUCAAGAUCAACCUGCCUGAGUCUCGAGUUCAGGUGUGGUUUAAGAACCGUCGGGCCAAGUGUCGCCAGCAGCAGCAGCAGAGCACGGGCCAGUCUAAACCCCGCCCACCCAAGAAGAAGGCCUCCCCAGCCCGUGAGGCCUCUGCUGAGCCCAAUGCCAACACAAACGGGUCCUACAGCCCAGCGCCCCCGAUCCCCGGCACUGCCAUCACCCCCAGCUCCAGCAGCGCCAGUGCCACCGUGUCCAUCUGGAGCCCUGCGUCAAUCUCCCCCCUGCCUGACCCCCUGUCGGCCUCCUCCACCAACUGCAUGCAGCGCUCCACAGGCUACCCCAUGACCUACACCCAGGCCCCGGCCUACUCCCAGAGCUACGGGGGCUCAUCCUCGUACUUCACGGGCCUGGACUGUAGCUCCUACCUGUCCCCAAUGCAUCCGCAGCUGUCAGCCACUGGGGGUGCCCUCAGCCCCAUCACAGCUUCCUCCAUGGGCGGGCCCCUCAGCCAGUCGCCGGCCUCACUGUCCUCGCAAGGCUACACGGCUGCCUCGCUGGGCUUCGGGGCGGUCGACUGCCUGGACUACAAAGACCAAGCAGCAUCCUGGAAGCUCAACUUCAACACGGCUGAUUGCCUGGACUACAAGGACCAGAACUCCUGGAAGUUCCAGGUCUUGUAGAGGGGAGAGGAAGGGGCAGGGCAAGAUGUUCGGAAAGGGGACAGAAAGGAAAGAGGAGGAGCUUAGAUUUCAUUCAGUUUAAAGAAUUUUGGACUCACCAAGGUUUCAUCGUAACAGUCUAUGAACCCAAUCGUAGACUAGGUAACUUUCCUGCCUGUGUUUGGUUGUUCUGGGGGGAGGUGGCGUGUGGAAAGAUCUGUUGAUGUUUGGGUGUAGUGAUUUGACUGGAGAGGCAAAGACUGUAAGUGUGGCGGAGUCAGUGAUUUAUGAUGUAUUAGACAGCCAGGGGGAAUGUUGUUCUGUGUUAACUAUCAUCCUGGAAAAAAACACAAUCAAGUUACUGAUGUGAAGAAAUGACUCAGCAAGGACCAGGACUCCAUUCCUACCUUGAAACCAAUUGAAAGCAUUGAUAUCUGUACAAUGUGAUUGAACGUGUUGAUCAUUACAAUGGAACCAUGAUAGCAAGGUACCUGUUGCCAGGUCCACUGUUGUUUUCACAAUCAAGGUUUAACAAACGUAACUUCAAACUGUGAUUGACGUGAAGUGUGAAUGACAGUUUUCACAAAUCGGUAGUUAAAAGAGGACUAAAAGAGAAGAAA